AUGUAUACUAUGUAAAAAAUUUCGUCACUUUUUGUAUAGCUUCGUGUACAUAGUCAAACUGGCUCGGUCGCCAUUGUAGAAUUUUGGUGGUUUCACAGUGAGGACUCCGGCGACAGAAUGAAGAUCUGCAAUAAAUCCAGUGAAUAAAUCUCCCGAGCAAACCAUGUCGCAGCCGCGCAAAAUCAUCCACCUGCCCAAGGUGAGGAUGCUGAGCCGCGGUGGCCGGCCCUCGCCCAUCCGCAUCACCAACAUCAAGUCCAUCAAGCCGCCCGACCCUGAGCUGGUGAAGAAACAGGAGGAGGAACGGCUGAGAGCGCAGUUGCAAAAAGAGAUUGUGUCCCGCUCGCGCACGUGCGCUAACAAGGCGUACGAAUGCUUGCUGCCAGUGGUGAGCGGGCGGGUGUACUGCGCGCGGCACAUCCUCAACGACCCCACGGCGCCGUACAAGCAGUGCGCGCACGUGACGUCAUCAGGCACGCGCUGCAGUGACCCCGCGCCUGUCGACAAGGAGCCUGGGUUAUGCUUCGAGCACGCGCGCGCGUCGCUGCAGGCCCGACAGCGCAGCGCCGCGCCGCCGCCGCCCGUCACCACCACCGAGACGCUGCUCAACCAGCUGCAGCACUACGUGCGGCCGGAGCGCACGCGCACAACGUCGUGCGCGUCGUCAGUGUCGGUGGUCAGCGACCCGGCGGAACAGGACCAGGUGGUCACCCACGCCGUCGACCCCUUCAAGGAGAUAGACGCGACAUCGGUGAACGCGACAUUCUCUGCGACGACGAUGGAGUACGCCAGCGCGAGCGACAGCGACUGCGACAGUGUGACGCUCGACUCCGGCGGCGACUGUCGCUGGCACGACCACGACGACACGGAGGACGCGCCGUGCGAGUCGCAGCCAUUGUGGCACGCGGGCGUGUUCACGGCGGAGGAGGCGGUGGGUGAGGCGCGGGGCGUGCUGCGCGCGCUGCAGGCGGCCUACGUGCGCCAGAUGGGCCGCCUGCGCGCGCUGCUCGCCGCCGCGCGCCUGCAGUACGUGCGCGCGCUGCGGGCAGAGAAGGAGCAGUACUGCAGCAUAAACUCGCAGGCGCGCAGCGGGCCGCUGACCGUGCGCGAGCGCCGCCAGCUGCGCAAGCUGCGCGCGUACGCCGGCUACCACCGCAAGCACGGCGUCGACGCGGUGCUUGCCAGGAAGCUGCACCACAAGCGCGCCAGGGUGAACGACACGUCGCAGCGGCACGCGCUGGUGCACCAGGGCCGCUGCACGUUCGUGGAGGGCGGCGUGCGCUGCGCCGCGCACACGCUGCCGGCCACCAAGCACUGCAUGAAGCACAUACUGCACGACAGGCAACAGGUGCUGUUCGGCGCGUGCGGCGACGUGCGCGGCAGCGCGGCGUGUCGCGAACCCGUCGCGCGCCUGCCGCUGGCCUCCGCCGCCUGCAGAUACCACACCGGCCCGCCGCCCUACACCACCUUCACCCUUAAGAAGGAGGACACUGGCAGCGACUCGGAGUCCCACUCCAGUUCCGACCUGUCCCACACCGAGGCGCAGUCCCCCGAGCUGAGGACGGAGCCCGAGCUGGACCCGAUCGCUGACGUCAUGCCUGAUCCUUGACACAUGGACUUUGAUGACCUGGGCUAUGAUGACUUGUGGGCAGUCUAGUGUGGGACAGACCCUGAGGACUUUGCAGGGUUAUUAUGUAACUCGGUGUAUAACUAAAAUAACAGCCGUUCUUGAGGAAUACUGUUUACCAACAAACAAAUUAAAAAUGAGGGUACAAAUCACUAGUCAUUUCACAACUAAUAAUAAUUAUAAUUAACAUGUUAUAACAUUAAUGAAAAUAAAUUUGAUUAAUAAGCUUAGAACAAUUUGAUAUGGUUAAUAAAUUUUGAAUAAACAAAACAUACAUAAUUUAAAAUAAAUAAGUUAUGAAACGACAUGCAUUUUUCUACCUUCAUUUUCAAUUUCUUUGUUGGUAAACAGUAUUCAUCGAGAAAGGCUGUAGUUUUGCGAUUAUCUAACAUAGUUAUUUCAACGAUGUGAUUUUGACUUCGCCAUUUUACAUCAAGUGGUGCGAUCAUUUAACAUGAAUAUUUUAACGAAAUAGCGUUAAUAUGGUGUUUUGUUAAAAUAAUGUUACUAUUUACAACUAUCACUACAAUUUGUGAGAAUUUAUUGAACUCCCCUCGUAUGAAAUUUCAUUGAUAUAAUCGCCCAAAACUUUAUUUGAUUGGUUCACCGAGAUACAUAAUAGAUCCACUGCUUAAUGACGACUUCUGGGCGGUCUAGUGGGGGAGGGACUGUGAGGACUUGGUCUAUGACGACUUCUGGGCCUUCUGACCUAGUGGACACAGUGAAGUGACGUCACAGUGAUGCGUUUGUUAACUAUGACCAAAGUGACAAAAGUGAUGCGUUGGGUCAAUCGUACCCGAUAAGUGAUAUUAAAGUUAGUGCAGCAGAGGGUAGAUGUUUAUUUUGUAUAAAUGUAGUUUGUGUCUGUUGGGAUAGAAGUAGGGAGUAAUAUCUCAUACUAGCUGACACCGCGCGGUUUCACCUGCGUGGUUCCUGUUCCCGUAAGAAUACGGGGAUAAUAUAUAGCCUUCCUCGAUAGAUGGGCUAUCUAUCACUGAAAGAAUUUUUCAAAUCAGAACAGUAGUUCUUGAGAUUAACGUGUUCAAUCAAACAAACAAACUCUUCAGCCUUAAAUUAGUAUAGACGGGAAGAAAGUCGAACUGUUCAGUUGAAUAUAUCUAUACCUAAAUAUUCCACGGAUUCACCAUGUGGGUGCCGGAUCCACCUGAUAAAAUAAAUAAUCUGUUAUAAAUUAAUGGAUAAGGGUUUUCUGAAGUAAAACUUCUUUGUACAGGCUUGACUCGAGGGGUUAGGGGAUAAGUUUGUAAAUACGUUACAAAUAUUGUAAUCAGUUGUGAAACAGUGUUUGUUGUUUUAAAUUAUAGAUGUCUUGAAACAAUCAAUUUACACUUCAGUCGUGUAGUCGUUUUUUUUUGUAGGUAGAAGUAGCCACUUUAAUUUUUGAAAUUGGAUCAAAUGGUACUCUUUACUUAAUAAAACUUUCACUAUAGGUUGGGUUGACGUGAUUGUAUAGAGUCAAAACCUUAAUUUAAGGCUUCGUUUGUAAUUAACUUUCAACAAUGUUAUAAUUAAUCAAUCUUACAAAAAUAUGUAAGAAUGGUCUUAAAUAAAUUAAUGUUCAUCUA